CCCAAAUUUCCCCUUCCAGGAGCAGCUCCGAGACCAAGGCCCUGUUUGAGAGGCACCGGCCCACCCACGUCAUCCACUUGGCCGCCAUGGUCGGGGGCCUCUUCAAGAACAUCCGCUCCAACCUGGAUUUCUGGAGGACAAACAUCCACAUCAACGACAACGUCCUGCACUCGGCCCACGAGAUGGGGGUGGAGAAGGUGGUCUCCUGCCUCUCCACCUGCAUCUUCCCAGACAAGACCACGUAUCCCAUCGACGAGACCAUGAUCCACAACGGGCCCCCUCACAGCUCCAACUUCGGCUACUCCUACGCCAAGAGGAUGAUUGACAUCCAGAACAGGGGUUAUUCCGAGCAGCACGGCCGGCGCUUCACCGCCGUCAUUCCCACCAACGUCUUCGGGCCGCACGACAACUUCAACAUCGAGGACGGCCACGUCCUGCCGGGGCUCAUCCACAAGGUCCACCUGGCCAAACAGUCCGGCUCCGCUCUGACCGUGUGGGGAACGGGAAAGCCCAGGAGGCAGUUCAUCUACUCCCUGGACCUGGCCCGGCUCUUCCUUUGGGUCCUGCGGGAAUACGACGAGGUGGAGCCCAUCAUUUUGUCAGUGGGAGAAGAAGACGAGGUGUCCAUCCGGGAGGCGGCGGAGGCCGUGGCGGAGGCCAUGGAUUUCCGGGGGGAGCUCCUCUUUGACCCCAGCAAGGCUGACGGGCAGUUCAAGAAGACGGCCAGCAACGCCAAACUCCGGCGGUACCUGCCCGGCUUCCAGUUCACUCCCUUCAGGAAAGCCGUGAAGGAAACCUGUGCCUGGUUCGACGCCAACUACGCCGACGCCAGGAAGUGACGGCACCGGGAUCACCGGGAUCAUCCUCUUCCAACUCAGGGUUGUCCUCUGCUGGGGCAGAGGACGGGGCUGGGGGGGGGUGACAGGGACAAUUCCAAAGGGAAAAAAACCAGGAGCCCAGGGAGCAGCUCCCACAUUCCUGCCCCGUGCCGGGAGCGGCGCGGGACGCCCAGGGCAGGGAGGGGCGGGAAGGUCGGAGUAUCCCAAAGGGAUCCCAAAUUAGGUGGUAGGAAGGAGCCACCGUGGUGGUGUCCAAGAGGAUGGUGAGCUGUUAAUGAGCUGCGCUAAUUACCUGGAAUUAGGCCUAAUAACGGGAAGGGGAUCGGGAUUCCACGGCACAGGGACGGCAGCCGAGCGAUUCGCUGCUGGCUCUUGGCACAUGGGGAUGAUCCCAUGGGAUAAGGGGGGACCAGAGCGGGAAAGACUCCAGCUGGAAACGUGGCGUUUAUUAAAAUAUAUGCAAAU